GGUGGUAAUUUGGGGGUUGUUGCAGAGGGACUGUGCAUGAUGGCACGUGAGCUUGAGCACAUCUGCUGUCAAGUGCACUGACGAAGUGUUCAACCUUGUCUUUCAACACAUCGUGCAUGGCAUCUAGUAAUGAACAAUCGAAACUAAUCUCACCCGCGAAUGCUCUGGACGCGGCAUUGAACCUAGUGGGUCUGAAAACGUCGGCCGGCAAGGACCACGAGACAUUCGCAUCGGAUGCAACAUUAUGCGGUUAUGAUCUACCGACACUUCUGGAGAAGCUUGAAAGGGCACUAGCGGCAAAUCGCGAGUCGCAAGCAAGUCUUCGAAAUCAACUGCGACAGAUAAAAGACGCCCAGGAAAGGAAAAGUGACCUUCUGGAGCGCUUGGAUAGGCCAGCGCCAGCGAAGCGAAGUGCUGCCAAGCGUGAUGAUAUUCGAAAGAGAAGACAGAAGUAUUCUACUAUUUUUGUGGAUCCCAACGAUGGCUCGGUAUGUUCCUUGUAAGACUCCCGAUGAUAACAUGGAUACAGAAAAAGAGAGGAACAUGUUUGGAAAUCUAAAAAGAGUUGAUAUCCUCUACAAAGUUCCUACAUGGUCUGGUGCAGAGAAACGGCUGUUGGAAGAUUCUGUCGUGCGGCAGAAUAAGAUGAAAUACUUCAACCGACAAACAGGUAGAGUUGAGGUGGACCAAAAACGGCUCUCUGAAGAGAUGGAAGAUUUGGACUGGGAGAUUAUUGCUGGCUAUGUUGGAACGCGUACGGCGAAAGACUGUCUGCGACAAUGGACUGUCAAUCAGCAUCCUCUUAUUGCCAAGAACAGGGUCUUCACUGAGGACGAGUUGGAGAAAUUAGACCGAGCUGUUGCCAAAUACAAAGGGCGGAACUGGGACGAGAUCGCGGCCGAGGUUGGGAAUGGAAGAGUAGCGAUACAGUGUCUACGAGCAUAUCAGACCAGACUGAAACCACACCGUGGAGGGGCAUGGACAGACGAAGAAGAUGCACAACUGCGGACGAUUGUAGCAGAAUUGAGAGUGCGUCCGUCAGAUCACGGCUGCUGGACUCGUGUUGCUUCACGUAUGGUGGGUCGCACUCGAAAGCAGUGCCGUCAACGAUGGGAAAAGAUUAGUGCGGCGAGAGUUGUCGGACCGUGGACCCAGGAAGAGGAUGAGCAAUUGCUCAGGGCAGUGGCAACUCAUAGUGGUAACGGACGAGGAAAAUGGACAAAAGUGGCUGCCGAGGUUCCUACUCGAGAACCUACACAAUGUCGUGAACGAUAUGAGCGGUGCUUAAAGCCUGAUGUCAAACGUGGUCCAUGGACUACUGAGGAGUAUGAACGUCUGAGGGUGCUAGCUAUGGCGACUCUGGAUCGAAGGAACUGGGCGCAGAUGGCAGCCGCCCUUGGUCGUGCUGACAGUGAAGUGAAAAGUCGAUAUCGGAUUCUGGAGAAGAAAGGGUAUUUUAAUGAACCGCCUGGAGAGGAGGCUCUCAAGUACCUGAAACUGGCUGAGAGUAAGGCAGCUGUCAAACGUGAGAGAGAUGAGCUUGAGCAAGAGGUUCUGGCCAAACAGCGCCGUCUUGCGCCAAGUUCUGCAGUUAUGGCGACCGACACCGACCAAUUGCAACAGUGACGGGGUCAUCAUCUACGUGACAUAUCAACAGUUUCGCCGUGGUGCUACUCGUUGUCCGGAAUGUAUAUAAGUAAGGGUCUAAAUAUGCUGUGGAGGCAGACUGUACGUUAUGAACAUGUUACUUGGGGAUUUUCAUAUAGCAUAGUGCUAGUGUAUGUAUAUAACUGUCUAUAUAUUUUUUACAAUGGUAUCGGAAAGAGUGAAUUCUUCCAUACUUUGAG